AUCCCCCGCUAUUACAAAUCGAAGCUGAGAAAUCACACCGCGACCAUGUCCUCAAGAUCUCACCACAAACUCAUAAAUACCAACUGCUCCUAGGUACCACAAUCCAGCAUGGCUCCGUUGCGUGUCGCCCUCAUCGGCCUCAGUGGUCGCGCAAAGACGGGUUGGGCCUCGAGUGCCCACCUGCCAUAUUUCCUCUCCCCUCGCGGUCGUGAAAGUUACAGCAUCGUCGCGCUAUGCAACUCGAGCGUCGAAGCGGCCAAGCAAGCCAUCAAGGCGUACAACCUCCCGUCCACGACUAAAGCUUAUGGCGAUCCCCAGAGCGUCGCUGACGACCAGGAUGUUGACCUCGUCGUGUGCUGCACCCGCGUCGAUGUUCACCAUCCUACCAUCCUUCCCAGUGUCAAGGCUGGGAAGAGCGUGUAUGUGGAGUGGCCACUCGCACAAGACGUAGUUCAUGCGACGGAGCUUGUCGAGGCGGCGGAAAGCAGCGGCAGCAAGACGAUCAUGGGCAUGCAGGGACGGGUCGCGCCGCCCGUUGUCAAGAUCAAGGAGAUCAUCGAACAGGGACGUCUUGGAAAGAUAUUGAGUAGCGAGGUCAGGGCGGCCGGUGGCUCCAUGGAUCGCCUUGUACUGUCCAGCGACCUUUCUUACUUCACAGAUCGGUCUAUUGGAGGGAAUGUUUACACCAUCGGGUUCGGGCAUUUAUUCGACCAGGUUCAAUACGUCUUGGGAACCAUCGAGAAGCCCCAGACUCGUUUGCAGUUGCAACGACCUGAGGUCAAGCUGCGUGAUCCCAAAACGCAGAACAUUGUCGACACUGUAAUCUCCAACGUCCCAGACUUAGUCAUCGUGGCCGCUACGAUGCCCAAGUCCGAAUCAGUCCAGGAAAACGCCUCUAUUCUUCUCCGUUUCCGCCGGGGCCAGCCUGUCGCCGGUGAGCCUGCCCUCGUAUGGACAAUCAGUGGCACCAAGGGUGACCUGGUAUUGGUGGCCCGCGGCGGCACCGCUUUGCAUGCGAAUGCGUACUCGGAGCCCGUUACCAUUGAGAUCUACAACUUUGAGACAGACAAGGUUGAGCAUGUGGAGUGGACUUGGGAGGACUGGCAGGCUGAGCUACCCAUGGUCGCGCGCAGCAUUGGAAAGGUCUAUGAGGAUUUUGCGAACGGGGCACAGGUUCCCACGUUCAAGGAUGCGCUGGAACGUCAUGAGCAGCUCGAGGGAUAUCUCGAGGAUUGGCGUCCUUGAGUGCAGCUAUUUUGCUGAUCGUACUUCUACAUUCAAAGUCGAAGGCUUCAUAGAUCACUGGUUCACUUCAAACUUGGUGAAGCUAACUCGUCGUACGCCUGAAUCAAGUGUUCUUUGGAUAUCGGACGGGACGACCCGAGUAGAAACAGCUCUUGUUGAUCUCUGGCCGCUUAAGGUGGCCUUCCACGCCGAGAACAACCACUCGUUCUUCGACAGAUUGUACGAUUGUAUGCGCGCUGAGGACCAGUGACUCAGAAGCCGGGGUUUCACUGGGGGUUCUUCCUAUCAGACCACCCGACGUGUUAGUCGUCAACCUAAGGGUAUUCAAGAAUCACAGCGUACCUU